UACUAGGUCUCAGCGUUGUGAUAAUACCUUUGGUGAGGUCCUACUUUGGUCACCUUGACUGGGUCUUCGAUUACCUGACGGAAACUCCUGGAAAAAUAGCAAUUUGUUUGCAUAUUGCAGUUAUCAAUGGCCUCCUGUUAGUCAUAUGCAGGGGACCUCUGUACAAGGUUGCAGUAAGAGCCUGCUUUCUUGGAGUCAUUUUUGGUUGUGGUCUAAUUAUAAGCUGUACCGAAACCACUUGGACACAUUUUGGCUGGGGUGCUCCUGUGCCUGCAUGCAUGCUUACUCAACACAAAUACCCCCCUGCCACAGUAUCUACAACAACUUCACAGAGCAAUCAAUGCUGUCACCUCUGUGCAGGUAUAUGUGCUCGCUGGCGUUCUUCCACUACUCCGAGUACUUGGUGACGGCUAUUAUUAACCCUCGCAGCCUGUCAAUGGACUCGUUCCUGCUUAACCACAGUGUGGAGUAUACGCUGGCUGCGGUCUCAUCAUGGCUUGAGUUCACUGUGGAAAAUCUAACAUUUCCAGAGCUGAAGCAGCUGAGCUGGUUGAGCUUCAUGGGUCUGCUCAUGGUGUUGUGUGGUGAGGCCCUCCGCAAGGCAGCAAUGUUGACAGCCGGCUCCAACUUCAACCACAUUGUCCAGAACGAAAAGGCUUACAGUCACGUGCUGGUCACCAGUGGGGUCUACGCUUUCUUUCGACACCCCUCCUAUGUGGGCUGGUUCUACUGGAGCAUUGGAACACAGGUGGUGCUGUGCAACCCAGUAUGUACACUGGGCUACACCAUCGCCAGCUGGAGGUUCUUUCGGGAGCGGAUUGAGGAGGAGGAGAUUUCUCUCAUCAAUUUCUUUGCUGAGGAAUACGUGGAGUACAAGAAGCGGGUUCCCACCGGGCUGCCCUUCAUCUCAGGCAUCCGUGUCAACUAGUAGGACCGCAACUCUUGAGGAGUGUACUUGACUCAAAAAGCAGGCCAGACUGUUGUGUCUGCGUGGUCGCAAAGAAUUCUGCGAGCUGACCCACUAGCUAGCACAGUCCAGCAAGCAAGUGGACUCCUUUUACUUGACGAAAAUCUACAAUCCAGUUAGAGAGACCAAAACCUUUAACCAUCUUUGCGUGUACUCUAGUAGCACUUGUUUGCAUGCUUUGACCAUGCUAGCUGUUAAACAACAACCAGGUGUCAAUAGAGACUGGAUGGUGUCUGUAUAGGGAGACAGCAGCAUUGUGAGGGACUUACAGGCAUUACCAUAGUUAGCUGGCAAAAAAGGGAUUGGAUACAAAUAUCACCCGUUUCUUUACACACAUCAUCCCAGCAUGUCAAGUCAGAUUGCAAUUAGAUGCUCCUUGACAUGCCUUUUUUUGUUUUAUUUUCUGUACCGGCUGUCUUGCUUCCACAGAACUGGAUCUGAUGCUGUUACUACCUCUGUAGCUGGCUUUUCUCACCCACUUUUUUUAUGCUCGGUUCUGCACAUUUUUCGCCAUUUAUAUUUGUGAAUUGUGACAUUUCAGCCUGGAAAGGCACUAGGGCUACCUAGGAAGAUGACAAUUCACCCUAACAUGCACAGAUGGCAUUCAGUCAGCCACCACUUUCAAAUCAGGAGCACUGAGCGCACACCCAUCCGAUGAUGAGAGGUUGAGAACAUUACAACAAAGGAAGGCUUCAAAGCGGCAGGUCCAGUCCGACAUCCUCGUGCUCUGCACAGAUGAUGCUAAGCACUGCCCUAUGUUUUUGGAAUAUUUUUUUACGGAUCUCUCAUAUGUAGCAAUGUUUCAAAAAAAUAUUGGAGUUGACAAUUUUUUUUCCCUAUUAUUUAUUUUAUUUUUUUAACUGAUUGCCUGCACCCAUUUUGUCAAUUUUACCCCAUCCAGAGCAAUGUUGGUAUGUAGGGCUGUUGAAAUAAAUGUUGGUAACACUGCAUUCAGAACAGUCAGGUGGUCAAAGACUGAAUUUACACUAAAGUUGAGUUGAACACUGUUCAGUAUGUGUAAUCCAUUUUAUGACCUUCACUCAGGCUAAAAACCAUCACACAGUCACAUCAUUUGUUGUAAUAAACUUUAUCUUUGGCUUUUUAUGAGUAGGCCUCAUACCUACUAAGGGUUCUUCUCAUUUGUAUGGUUUUAUUUCUGUAUAAUGUAUUAAAUUAUUUGAGACUUCA